CCCCGAACGCCGAUCGGAUGCCUGAGACCCCUGAUAGGUUCCCUGAGACCCCCGAAGGGCAGUCCCCCUCCCCCACCGAGCCUUCCUGGCCCCGCCCUCUGGGACAGGAACCUAGCCUGCCGGCGAAGGGGCUCAGAUUUCCGCGAGGGACGCUGAGCCCCCGACUCCCUGACCUCUGAAGGGGCACUGAACCCUCCUUGGGGACCCCGGCUUCUCCCAUUUAAACUCCUCUCCAGCAGGCACGCUGAGUCCUCCUUAAUAUUGGGACUCGGGACACACCGUCCCAAAAUGUGACUGUAGGAGGUCAGAAUGUGCCACCCCAAAGUAGAAUUCUUCGGCAGAUUUGAACAGAUCUGAGAAACUCCAGUCCCUCAGAGAUUUUGAUUCCCUUUCCAAGGACAAUGUCUUUGAGAAUAACCGUCUGGCCUUUGAAGUGGCUGAAAAGGAGCUGGGGAUCCCUGCCCUCCUGGACCCCAAUGACAUGGUCUCCAUGAGUGUCCCCGACUGCCUCAGCAUCAUGACCUAUGUGUCCCAGUACUACCACCACUUCACCAGCCCCAGCCAAGCCAGUGUAUCACCACCCCGGAAGGACCUGGCUGCCUCGUCUCCACCAUCAGAGGCGCCCAUCCCAGCUGAACCAGGAGACGAGACUCAGAAUGAGGAGCUGUCCUCGGGCAGCCUGUCGGAGCGGGGCGCCCAGCGGGCCCCCAGCAGCACGUGUGCGGCCUGCCAGAAACAUGUGCACUUGGUGCAGCGCUACCUGGCCGAGGGGAAGCUAUACCACCGCCACUGCUUCCGGUGUCGGCAGUGCUCCAGCACCCUGCUCCCGGGUGCCUACAGGAGCGGGCCAGAGGAAGGAACCUUUGUGUGUGUGGAACGCUGUACCAGGCUGGGCCUAGGGGGACAGGCGGGAGCCAGGCCUGGGCCUCCCUCACAGCCAAAGCCUCAGCAACUAACAGAAGAAGCCAGGGAUGGCGAGGGAGGUGGUCCCAGCCCCAGUGUCGCUGCAGGACCCAAGGCCAUCACCGAGGCCCGGCCCCAUGUCCCCACCAAGCCCCCGCUUCCUGGAAAACCCCAGGAGCUGGUGAGCCCCCCCUCCGGCCGACCCACGCCUGCCCCCAGGAAGACCUCCGACAGUGUGGCCUCGACGGCCCCCACACCGCGGCCCCGGUCCAGCCUGCAGCAAGACAGCACAGCAGAGCAGGGUGGCAGUGGUGGCCUUGCAAAUGGAAGACUCCAGGAGCCCCCUGUCCCCAAGCCCAGAGGGACUCCCAAGCUGUCAGAGAGGAUGCCACCCCCCAGGAAGGACCCCCCAUGGAUAACACUGGUGCAGGCAGAGCCCAAGAAGAAGCCGGCCCCGCUGCCUCCAGGUAGCCCCGGGCCGCCAAGCCGGGCCAGCAGGCAGGUGGAGAAUGGUGGCGUAGAGGAGAUGCCCCAGUGUGGCCCUGCAGCUGGGGCCAGCCUCGAGGCCAAGCCCUACAACCCCUUUGAGGAGGAGGAGGAGACGGAGGAGCCAUCCCCAGCAGUACCCAGCCCGGCCUCUAGUCCUGCCCAGGCACCCCCAGAGUGCACCCCCAAGUCCCUGCACCCCUGGUACGGCAUCACACCCACCAGCAGCCCCAAGGCGAAGAAGCGCCCCGCUCCCCGUGCACCCAGCACGACCCCGCUCGCUCUCCAUGCCUCCCGCCUCUCACACUCGGAGCCCCCCUCGGCCACGCCAUCACCAGCCCUCAGCGUAGAGAGCCUGGCAUCUGAGAGCUCCAGCCAGACAGCGGGUGGGGAGCUUCUGGAGCCACCAGCCGUGCCCAAGAGCUCCUCGGAGCCUGCUGUCCAUGCCCCUGGCACCCCUGGGAACUCUGCCAGCCUCUCUGCCCACUCCUCCCUGUCCUUGUCUGGGGAGCUGGUACAGCCCAGUGUGGAGCGGACACCUCAGGCCAGAAUAAGGGACAGCCCAGGCCCCCCGCCAGCCAAGCCCUACAGCGGCGCCACCCCCACACCUCUCCUGUUGGUUGCUGACAGGAGCCCUGCACCGUCCCCUGGAAGCUCAUCCCCACAGCUACAGGUAAAGUCUUCCUGCAAGGAGAAUCCUUUUAACCGGAAGCCAUCGCCUGCAGCGUCUCCAACUGCAAAGAAGGCCACCAAGGGAUCCAAGCCAGUGAGGCCACCUGCCCCGGGACAUGGCUUUCCGCUCAUCAAACGCAAGGUCCAGGCAGACCAGUACGUCCCGGAGGAGGACAUCUACGGAGAGAUGGAUGCCAUUGAGCGGCAGCUGGAUGCCCUGGAACACCGCGGGGUCCUGCUGGAAGAGAAGCUGCGAGGCGGGGCCAGUGAGGGCCACGAGGACGACAUGCUGGUGGAUUGGUUCAAGCUCAUCCACGAGAAGCACCUGCUGGUACGGCGCGAGUCCGAGCUCAUUUACAUCUUCAAGCAGCAGAACCUGGAGCAGCGCCAGGCUGACGUCGAGUAUGAGCUCCGGUGCCUUCUCAACAAGCCAGAAAAAGACUGGACAGAAGAGGACAAGAACCGGGAGAAGGUGCUGAUGGAGGAGCUCAUGACCCUCAUUGAGCAGCGCAAUGCCAUCGUCAACUGCCUGGAUGAGGACCGGCAGAGGGAGGAAGAGGAAGACAAGAUGUUAGAAGCCAUGAUCAAGAGGAAAGAGUUCCAGAAGGAAGCUGAACCUGAGGGCAAGAAGAAGGGGAAGUUCAAGACCAUGAAGAUGCUGAAGAUGCUGGGAAAUAAGCGUGACACCAAGAGCAAGUCCCCUGGGGACAAGAGCUGAUCGCCGGGGAAGCCACCGGGGUUGCCCCCUCCUGGUGGUCUGGGGAGCACCUUGCUGCCCUCGGAUCAGCCGAGGGGUGAGACAGCUUAAGGGCAGGGAGCCUCUGGUGACCUCUGCUUUCUCAGGGUCCUCUGGCCACUCUGGGCCAGAGUUUUCUUCUCUUUUCCCUUGGCCCAGACAGCUAUGACUCAGCUGUGCCCAGUCCGGUUCUGACAUCUCCAGAUGCUUUGACAGACGUGAAGAGCCGGCAGGGGCCAGGGCCCAGGGAGGGUGGUAGCUGAGCCUGUGCGCCUGCUCAUCCUGCCAGCCUGGCCCCUGCCAUGGUGGGGAAGCUCCUUGGGCGCCCUCCCUGCUGAACACACCGGACAGGAUUAUCUGACACCCAGUGUCCUCUGUUGGGCUCUGGCCCAGGGCUCCUGCUCCUCGUGGCUGGCCAGCAGCGGGGCUGCCAGACUGGCUUCCUCCUGCCCAGUCUUCCUCCUGUCCAGUGUGGGUGCCCUGAAUCUCACGUGCCCUUGCUCAGGCGCUCUAUUUAUGAAGUCUCCGGUUGAGUUUGAGCUGGUUGCUGAGUGGUCCUAUGCUGUGUCACAUGUGGAUGGGCCCGAGGACAAGCUCACCUCUGCCUCGCUCCGAGUUCCAGGUUUCUCCCUCAGCUCCCCUCAUCUAUGGGAAGCCUUGCUUCCCACCACACAGGGCCCUGAUGGCCUUGCCAGGGCAGGUGGACGCCCCCGUUCGCUGUCCCAGUGUUGUGUCCCCUGUAAAGGGCCUUUGGGGGUCAGCUCCAGUCAGAGCUCUGGUCCUGAUCCUCAGCCUAGGGAGAUGUGCUUCAGGUAGGUGCUAACCAUGGUUCUUUAAUAAGUGUGACCCCCUACCUAGUCCGACCCCUCAUUAGGCUUUCCUCCCCCAGCCACACCUGGGUUGGGGCCCAUUUUUAUUUGUGGUCAUCGCUAGUCUGUCUCCUGUUGUCUCUUCCCUCCUCGACUCCUUCUCACCAGAGGAUGAUGGCCACCUACCCACUGGGUGGCCAUGGAAGAGGACGAAUGAUGGAGACACCACUUUUGCCCAGGAAAUGUGCCCGGCAGCUCUUGAUCAAAGCACUGAUCCCUAAGCUCUCCCUGGGCGCGGCAAGCCCCUCCUCCAUGCACCUCGGGGAAGAGAUUGCACUGUAUUAGCUUGAGGAUUCCUCACCAACAAUAAAUGGAGACGACUGAG